UAGCUGCUGCUUAGCGAGCCUAGCUGUGCUGCUGAGCAAUGACAUGCUUUGAUAUAGAAAUGCUAUUCCAACGGGGCACACAGUGUCUCAUCAGCUAGGCUAGCUCCUUGGAGUGGGGGGAAAAUAGCUGGCUGCUUGCUAGGAAUCUGGAUAUCACUUGUGUGUAUUAACUCCCAGUUUGUGUGACGCUUCCACAAGUGAAAUACAUCCUUAAAGGGGGGUAAGAAAAGGUGGCUAUCAGCAAGCAGGUCAACAGUGAAGUAUCAGAGCCCUUGAAGUUCUCAGCUUUGAUGCAGUACAGUGCUCCGAGUGCAAGAUGACGGAAGAGGUGAUUGUCAUCGCCAAGUUUGACUACAUGGCCCAGCAGGACCAGGAGCUGGACAUCAAGAAAAAUGAGCGCCUCUGGCUCCUUGACGACUCCAAGUCCUGGUGGAGGGUUCGAAAUGCCACCAACAAAACAGGCUUUGUGCCGUCCAACUAUGUGGAGAGGAAAAACAGUGCCAGGAAAGCUUCUAUUGUUAAGAAUCUCAAAGACACACUUGGAAUUGGGAAGGUGAAGAGCAGAAAGGGGGGUGGGAUGAGAGACACGGCCUCCAACGCCGACUCAGACAUGUAUGCAGACAAUGGCGAGCGGCUGUACGACCUCAACCUGCCCGCCCUCGUCAAGUUCAGCUACGCAGCAGAGCGCGAAGAUGAGCUGUCGCUGGUUAAAGGCACACGGGUGGUGGUGAUGGAGAAAUGCAGCGACGGAUGGUGGCGCGGCAGCUACAAUGGACGCUCUGGCUGGUUUCCGUCCAACUACGUGACAGAAGACGUGGAUGGGACGGCAGGGGGAGGGGGAACGGGCGGGGGAGGGGGAGGGGAACCACCUGGAUCGCUAACAGAGAAGCUGGCGGCUGUGAUGAACAGCACCACAAACGGGAACAGAGUGCUGCACACAGUCCAGGCGCUUUACCCCUUCAGCUCAGGCAACGACGAGGAGCUGAACUUUGAGAAAGGCGAGGUGAUGGAGGUUGUAGAGAAGCCAGAGAACGACCCGGAGUGGUGGAAGUGCCGCAAAGCGGAUGGACAGCUGGGCUUGGUGCCUAAGAACUACGUCACUGUGCUGGACUCCACCUCCCAUAAACCCACAGCGGGGCCUGCUGGGCCGCCCACACCUGACUGUGAUUACAUCUCACCUUCAGGCAGCGGGCGCUUUGCGGGGAAGGAGUGGUACUAUGGGAAGGUGACGCGCCACCAGGCAGAGGUAGCCCUCAACCAGAGAGGCAUAGAAGGAGACUUCCUCAUCAGAGACAGCGAGUCAUCGCCAAACGACUUCUCCAUCUCCCUGAAGGCGCAGAGCAAGAACAAGCAUUUCAAAGUGCAGCUGAAGGAAAGCCUUUACUGCAUUGGACAGCGCAAGUUCAACUCUAUGGAAGAGCUUGUUGAACACUACAAAAAGGCCCCCAUCUUCACCAGUGAGCAGGGAGACAAACUGUACCUGAUCAAGGCCCUGUCCGCCUCCUGAUCCCCCUGUUGCACACUUUCACACACACACACACACACACACACACACACACACACACACACACACACACACACACACACACACACACACACACACACACACACACACUCACCCAUACAUUCUAAACUGCAUCCAUAUACAAUAUAUACAUACAGAUACUUACAUCAGAACACACACUAACAUUUAAACUCAAAGCCUGAGGACUUAACACAUCAUCAGGACUUAAAUGCCCAGUUUGUGAGCAUUCCAAGAGGAGGUGUGGAAAAAGCACGGGAGAGACAUGGAGGAACAGAGGGGGGAGACAAAUAGACUAUGGACUCCUGAGAGUUGACUACAGACCUCUUGGUCACCUAUUUAAAAUUAUCCAGAUGUGUUAGCUCAUAGGCAAUGCCAUGUAUUUCCACCUUGAUACUAUUAGAUUUGCAUUUAGUUUUCCUUUUUUUUCUGUUGUUGAUAAUAUAUAAUCUUUUUAACAGUUUCUUUUUAAAAUGUGAUGAUUUUUAACUGUAUCCAAUACACAACAACCACCCAUAUGAGGCAUUUCUCAGAUUCUAGAAGCUAGAGUUCUACAUUUCAACUCAUUUUUGUGUUGUCUGUCUUAACUCUUUCUUUAUGGUUGUGUGGACGCGCUAAUCCACAAACUCCUGCUAACUGCUAAUCAUGAAUAAAAAAUUAAGUGACCAAAAUAUAUUUAUUGAUACAAUUCUGUUAGGAUCAUGGUUGUAGAGAUUGGAUAUCACACUGUGUAUCUGUUUGUUUGAGGAUACUUGGUCAAACCAGACAUUUGUUUUUGUUCAAAAGAACUGCUUGUCUCACAUAUUGCUGUAUCCAUAUCAUGUGAAUGUUACAAAGCCGGGGCACCACACACUGUGGGGGGCUCAAAAUGCCAUGACUUUGCACGCAUGCAUGCAAACGAAACAGAAUAGUGUUCAGCGUCCUCACACCUUCACUCUUUUCUCCCAAGAGAGAAAUUGACAGUCCAUGGAGAGUUUAUCCUGGCAUUUGAAGGCCGUGCGAAGAGUCAAAAAGUGUUUUCCCCUCAUAGUCUGGAGACAGACAGCUGGCGCGUCUUCCCAGUGUUGCCAAAGGGGACUUUUCUCUUGAGGAAGGAGGGCAGUGGAGCUGACAGCAGUGCGGCUUCCAAACACCCGCCAGUUCUGUGGAGCUGAGAGGGGAAAUGGAGGGGCAGUCAAGAGGAUGAUGUCACUGCUCUUGAAUUAGCGAUCGCUGAAGGGAAUGGAGAAGCUAGGGUCACCCAGGGGUCAUGUUUGGGCGGUUGCAUAGCAUAUACAUCAAGCAUGGAGCACGCCUUCUUCCUCACAAUGGAUUAGUACUAGUGAAAGAAAUUCUUUCUAUUUCGUGACAUUUGUGCAUUAAUUUCUGUGACUUAUUCGUCAGAAAGCAAGCUUAAGUGUUGGUUAGGUCUCCUAGUUUUGUGUUUUCCAUAUUUAUGGCCGACGUCAAGUUAGAAUACAGUGCAACACAUGGUUUAUAUUUACAGUAAAGGUCUCUAGUGAAUGGGUUAUUUGUCGAGUGAGAAUGGACCAAGUAGUUGUUUGGAUCUGAACGUGAAGGGCAGCAACAAGAGUAGCAGCGCCUGCAAUCAAGCUGCAGCGGCGUUGGCAGGGAGCCGCUCCAGCAGCGGGCUCAGGGAGAUGAUUACGAUGCCUGCGAUGAUGAGUUCUCCAGCUGUGGCCAGUUGGACCUGAGCACACAGAGAGAGCGAGUGAGAGAGAGAGAGAGAGUAGAAGAGGGAUUUCACAGUGGAGGAAUGGAAAAAUGGACCCUAAAAAACAAAGCAAUGAAUUAGGAUCUAGGGAGGAGACUUGGGGAGAAUCUAUUCCGCUGGAUCUGGAGUAUCUGGAAUACCGCUCCCAGUCAUAUUUGGGUGGGGAUAUGAACAGAGGCCAACGCUGAUGUAUCACAGCGCAGAAGAAAAGCUUUUUGGGAGGUCAAACCAAGCAUGAAAAAAUCAGUCAUGCCACAAAGAACGCAAAACUUGGGUGUGAACCUUUUUCUUUUCUUUUUUCCUUCUCUCCAUUCCCCAGGUGAAUGACAGCUAUUCAUAAAAGAGCUGAGUGUAUUUUCUUUGUUUUUUAGAGCCGAAAAAGAUUUAAUAUAAACAGUAAAACAUGAUUUAUGAUGGCAAGCUCUACUUUAAGUCCAAAAACUUAAUUGAACUAUGAUUACACCUUGUUAAACAGUGCAACCGUUUGUAUAUUAAAGAAAUAACAUUCCAGGAUAAAAGGUCAGGGUGUCAGCAGGAUUGGAAAUGUUUUGAUUCAACAUACACACACACCUGCUUUUUAAAGUGUAAAUCACAGUAUUGUUCAUAAUUAUUUUAAAGUGGUUUCUGUUCAUUUUGGGUCCCAAAUCUAUACAAAGAUUAGUUUCAAUUUUUACCAAUAAUUCAACCAUAUUUGUGCCUGUAUUCUUUUCACUUUUGGUUUCUGUAUCUGUCAUCCAAGAGGUAUUUUUGGGUUAUAGGAUUUAUGUUACAUGUCAUUUUAUUGCACCUGAUCCCUGACUGUUGUCUUGGUGCCACGUCACAGACACUUUAAGCGAGAUAGUGUUUUGCUUACGGUCAUAACCAACCGCUAUCAGCAACACACUUUUUUCUUUCCUUUUUUAAAAAUUUCCUCCCCCAACUUCCAGUUCUGCAGCAUUUUCAAUAUUACGCAGCAUUAAAGUGACAAACGCCAACGCAAGGUGCCCCAGUUCGAAGGAUUUAAGAGGAGAUUUUAAUGUGCCUUCACAGCUUUCUGUCAACCAAAGGUUUAGAGUCCUCUUCUUUCUUUUUUUUCCUCAACCCCUUCUUCCCACUUCUCUUGUCACCGCUGUGUGCUAUUUGGUUGAAGCUUUGCAUGUGCGUCAGUUGAGUGUGAUUAGUGAGCAAUGUGCUGGGGGUGUCUGAAAACAUCCUUAUAGGGAAGGGUAUUUCCUCAUUGAACUCUCACUUUGUUAAUGUAGGCUGAAAAUGUCAAUGUCACUUUUUUUUUUUUUGUCAUGCAUAAAAUGCCCAUUAGUUGAUAUUGUGUGUAGUAUCAAGUGACCUUACCAUAGCUGAUUUCAUCAAGUAUAACUCCUUAAGUGAACAUUGAAUGCCUAAAUGUACAAUAUAAAAAAUAUGUGCUGAUGUUCAUUCAGAAACAUAAUCACAGGUGUGAUGUAAUCAUGACCUGAAUCUCAUGUAUGAGCACCUCAAAGUAACGGUAUCACAUAUUGUUGGUUGUGAAGAAACUGUCAUGGUUUCCAAGGAAAUAGUUUUUUUUAAAUGUCUGUAUGUAUUUCAUAUAAGACUAGUGUAAGACAUUCACUUUUGCAGUUUAGCCACUUAAAUAUGUAAAAAAGAAAAUCUCAAUACUUAAAUGUUUUACUUGAUAUUCAAAUACAGAACUACAGUAUCUCCCUGCAUAGAUAUUGUUAUAAACUGGGAUCUUUUUUCAUUUUACACCAAUGGAGGCCGCAUGAGCAGAGCCUUGUAGAUGUACAGAAAUGGUUUUAAAUCAGCUUAAAAAGACAUUAAAGUCAGUUGAGGUAAAUAUUAUCAAGAGAUUGGCUGGAACUCUGUUUCCUGACUGCAAAACAAGCCUGAGAUAAUCUAGUAUCUACGAUUCCUUGAUAAUAUUCAGAUCAAAUGACCCGUGUUAACUUUGGUGCUUUUGUGCUGCUUACAUUUCUAUGGUGUUAUUUGUCUCACAAAGCUUUUUUUUUCUGUAUGAGAGAGAGAGAAAGAGAGAGAGAGUGAAGAAAACAGAUCCAUGCUGUGGAAUGAUAAAAGGCAGUGCUGUGAAAUUUAAUGUCAUGCUCUUAAUACUGUUUUUACGGAGGGGAGAUCGUCUUCAGGUGUAAUAAUUUAGAAGAGUUUAUUAGAGUGUUCAAAAGACGUAAUAAACGACAUAAAAAAUGA